CAGUGACGUCAGCGCGCAGCGGCGGUGCAGUUACGCGCGGCUAUUGGGCGAUCGAGCAGCUAAACAGUGUUAUACAGUAAAAAGACAAGACGCCGAGAACAACAACAACAGCUGUGGCCGCAUGAGGCCAACUAAGUACACACUCAGGCUCACUCUGUAAAGAUGUCGGAUGUCACGAUGUCUGCACACUUCACUAUUUCCGACAGCGAGUCAGAGGCAUCGGAGGAGGUAGAGGAAGGAGAUGAUAACCAAUCAUUAGCUGUGCAAGAGCCGCAGCUUCCUCAACGCCACUCCCUCACCCUACCUGAGCUCAGACUGGCAGCAACCGGUCGACUCAGGCUGAACUCAGAGUCCCACGCUUCCACCGUCUCCAGAGACGAGGAGCUCCAGGCGGGUUGGGAAGACGAGGCCGGCACGCCCACUGACGGAGCUCCGUUCCGGGGUCGGUCCAAGUCGGCUCCUCCUGCUCUGUGGGCAGCCAAGAAGUACGGCCGGAAGCUCCGAAGGAUGAGCGACGAGUUUGACAGCCUGCUGGACAAAGGGGAAAUGAAGAAGGUGAGGAGCGCUGGGUCGGCCAAACAGAUGCACCACUCUAGAAGCUGGUGGAGCUACCUCUUCAGUCACCAGGAGACGGAGGGAGAGAACAACCACCAUGAAAACCACACUCAUCGCACUGAAUAAGAACAGAGAGGAAACAAAGAGUGGCACGAGGAAUGGAGGAAUCAAUGGGGGAUGGAGAUGGAAAUGAGAAGAAAGCAGUGGGGAAGCCAAGAGAACAAUUGUUACGAGAACAAAAAGACCUGCUCUGAGAAGGGACGGAGGAAAGAUUGAUUUGAACAAAAAGAGAAAAAUCCAAAUACAAAGACGUGGCUGAGUGGAUGUCCCAUCCUAGUCGGGUCCUUUUUAUACGUCAUUGGUAACUACAUUUUAACAAUCUUUUUGUAUUUGUGUUGGUUGUGAUGUUAACGAAAUUGCUGAGCAGCCCACUGUGAAAUGGUAAAAGUCAGUCAGACCCCAUAGAAUGGAUCAAAUGAUGGGCCAAGAGAGGAGAGAUGAUGAAAACACAAAGAAAGCUUAGAAGUGGGUGGUGAGCACUAAGUUAAAAGACGCUUACUACUUCAGUUGUCUCUCCCAUCAACACUAUGCAAAAUACUGUGGAUGGAGAGAUAAACGCACUGACAUCACAACACCCAACUUUUCUGAGACCACCUUGAAUGCUGUUAGAAUUUCCUUCCUCGUCUUCUCGAGGGAAAUCACCAACGUCGAUGUGUUACUCACGCUUGUUUUUGCUCCAAAUGGUGUGCUUAACUAAUGGAGACCACUGUAAUUGUGUGCCAAAAAUAAUCUGCAGGCAACAGAGGAAAGAGUAUAAAAUGGGAAGGAUUUUUUAAAGUAUUCAACUCGGGCCUUCAUCCUGUUCUACUACCUGCAAGCCAGUACCAUUUAAAACAACUGUACUUGACUAUCAUUAACUGCUUUAUAUCUCAAAUUUAUCAAAAAGAUAAAGAAAGAAGAACAAUCUCGUACAAGGACAAUCUCUGACGAUGCAGAAAUACUAUCUUUUGUAAAACUUCAGGGUUAGAUUAUAUCUGAGGACAUUAAACCUACGUAUAAAAAGCACAAUCCAAUAUGAAUCUAUCUUUUUAAAAGCCUUGGAUGAGCAAAAAAAAAAUACUUUGGAACUUUUGUGUGUAAAUAUUUUGUUAAUAUUUUAUCAAAUUGCAGGGGUUGAGGGGGGGUUAUAAGAAACGUGGUUGAGAAUUUUAUUUUAUGAGGAGGUUAACAUGCUAUUUAAUAAGCAAUAGCAAUAGGCAGUGUACAAUCCAUGGCUGUUGUGAUAAAUGUUAAUGUGCUUAUUUAAAGAUGUGGGUGGGGAUGAAUUAACUGCUGUACAAGGAGCCAACACACUAGGCCCAUUUAUUCAGUGAUGAAAGAAGAUGGAUUUAGAAAGUCACACUUAAACACAGCUGGAAGGGAUUUAAACUUGGCUUCUCCAAACUAUUUGUGAAGUUUGUUUAUGAAAAAUCAGUUGCCAGUCCUGUUGGGUUUAUAAAACAAAUUACUUUAAAUCUGCAUUGGGAUGUGAAUAAAAAUGAUCUUUCAAGGUCUAGGAGUGCUGAUCUAAUGCUAGAUUUGCUUUUUAUGUAUUAUAUUCAGGCUUUUAAUGGCACAUACUACACACAAUACGGCAUAUACGGGAGUUAUUAUCGUUCAUAUUAAUGAUUAUAAACUAAGAUCAGCCCUUCUACACAGCUUGGUGAAUACGAUUAGGCUAUCUGUGAUGUGAUUAUUGAAAAUGGUAAUAGGUUCGUUCUACUUGUGUCUUACUCUCUUCCUCUCGACUUGUAGGGUUGAGUUGUGAAGUGCUCGGGGUGGUGUGCAGGCUAAUAAAGGGGCUGCAUUUGUAUCGUCUUUAAAACUUUUCUCCAACUUUUUUAUAGCUUUUCCUAAACUUGGUUAAGGACCAUUUUGUAAUCGGAUGAUUCUAGACAAUCUGAAUGACACCACCCUUUUUUAAGAUUCAUCUGAUAUGUUUGGUAACGUUCAACCCUGACUGUGUAAGACGAAUUCACUGAAGCAUUUUGGUGACCCUUUAAAUUGAAAAAAUAUCUGGUAUCAAACUCAAUAGUGGUUUACAUUUUAACAAGUCACUAGUCCUAAUAGACCUGUUCUUCGACACAAGUGGUGAUGGCGUUGAGAGCUUGGGACCAGAUAUGAAUUUAGAAGAGUAUAAUAUUGUCAUGAACUGCCUUGAACAUGCUGUAACCUGCGAUGCGACACCGCAUUACCAGCCUUGUCUGUUUACCCAGUUACCGCCUUAAACUUUACAGCUCGUUGCGCUCAAGAAAAAAAAACAGCACAAUAAUGUGGCGGUGCAUUCGCUGUCACAACUGUGAGGCACAUAUUAUAAUGCUGUAAAAGCCAUGAUGUGGUUUUGACUUUUAAACAUCUGUGACAGUGAACGCACCCCAGAAGGGGGAAAACAUGCCUGGACACCUGGAGUUUUGCAACCAUCCUUGGUAAUACUUGAAUCUGGAGAUGUGUGUGGAGUAAUUCUAAUAUUUCCUUCUUUUUUAUGUUGGAUUCCUUUUUGUUUUUUAAUGACUUUUGUAAAUUUUCUCUACAGCUGUGAAACUUCUGGUAUAUGCUGUCCUGAAUAAAUAAUUUUAAGAGUG